UUUGAAAUCACGUUACAGAUUGAUUUGAAGGGCAGCCACCUGUGAGAUUGUGCAAAAAUUUAACGAUCUUAUUAAGGGCACUGGUUUGAGCACCAUCGUCUCCUUUCCUCCCCCCUCCCCCACCUUUAACCCUUCUUCUUUCUUUGUCCUUUGUUCUUUGCCUUGUUUCCGAUUCCUGCCGUGUCUUUCUUCAACUCGUGUCAAGCAAAAUAGAGGUUAUUGGCGGUGACGACUAGCAGGUGGGGUGCCGUUAAAUAACCCUAACUGUUCCUCUGAAGAUCCGGCCCAACACUGUUUGAGCGGCGUCUUUCGGUAUUUCGUGCCGCGCUGGAGCUUAAAUCGGUUUGCCGAACGGAGAUACGAAUUCUUUCCCUCUAUAGUAUAAUAGUUCCUUAGAAUCAAUAUACCUUAAUUACCCCAAUUUUCUUUUAAGAUUCCCAAUACGUUAUACGUUAGAUUUUUGUUAUUGUAGCUCUGUUCCAUCACCUUGUUGUUGUUGUUGUUGUUGUUGUUGUUGUAACUUAGAGAAGAACAAAAAGAAUGGGUGACUCUGAUACUAGAAAGGUUAGGAAUAUAUGCAUAUUAGCACAUGUUGAUCAUGGUAAAACCACGUUGGCUGAUCAUUUAAUUGCCGCCACAGGUGGUGGCGUGCUUCACCCUAAAUUAGCUGGUAAACUUAGGUUUAUGGAUUAUCUUGAUGAAGAACAAAGGAGAGCGAUAACGAUGAAGAGUUCUUCUAUAGCUCUUCAUUAUAAAGACCAUGAGAUUAACCUUAUAGAUUCCCCUGGUCAUAUGGAUUUUUGUAGUGAGGUGUCUACUGCUGCACGGUUGAGUGACGGUGGGUUGGUUUUGGUUGAUGCUGUCGAGGGUGUUCAUAUUCAAACUCAUGCGGUCUUGCGUCAAUCUUGGAUUGAGAAGGUUACCCCGUGUUUAGUUCUUAAUAAGAUUGAUAGGUUGAUAUGUGAGUUGAAGUUGAGCCCUAUGGAAGCUUAUAAUCGGUUAUUGAGGAUUAUUCUUGAGGUCAAUGGGAUUAUGAGUAUGUAUAAGUCGGAGAAAUAUUUAUCUGAUGUUGAUUCCAUACUUGCUGGCCCUUCUGGCGAGGUUAGUGAUGAGAAUUUGGAGUCUAAAGAGGAUGAUGAAGAGGAUACUUUUCAGCCUCAAAAAGGAAAUGUGGCAUUUGUGUGUGCUUUGGAUGGGUGGGGUUUCACGAUUAAUGAGUUUGCUGAAUUCUAUGCUUCUAAGCUUGGGGCAAGUACAUCUGCACUUCAGAAGGCUUUCUGGGGUCCUCGCUAUUUCAAUCCCAAGACCAAGAUGAUUGUUGGGAAGAAGGGAUUAAGCGCAGGAAGUAAGGCAAGGCCAGUGUUUGUGCAGUUUGUCCUUGAACCACUUUGGCAGGUUUACCAGGCUGCUUUGGAGCCGGAUGGGGACAAAGGGACACUUGAGAAAGUGAUUAAGUCUUUUAAUUUGUCUAUUCCUCCUCGUGAAUUGCAGAAUAAGGACCCCAAGAUUGUGCUUCAAGCUGUCAUGAGUAGAUGGCUUCCUUUGUCAGAUGCAGUUUUGUCAAUGGUGGUGAAGUGUAUGCCAGAUCCAAUUUCUGCUCAGUCUCACAGGAUUUCACGUUUGCUUCCCAAAAGAGAGAUUCUUGAUAAAGGGGUGGACUCUAAUGUGCUUGCAGAGGCUGAUCUAGUGAGAAAGUCAGUUGAAGCUUGUGAUUCUAGCCCUGAAGCACCGUGUAUUGCGUUUGUGUCUAAGAUGUUUGCGGUUCCGACAAAGAUGCUUCCCCAACGAGGUCCUCAAGGGGAGAUUUUAAACAAUUUCACUGAUGAAGGUGGAACUAGUGAAUCUGAUGAGUGUUUCCUUGCAUUUGCUAGGAUCUUUAGUGGGGUUCUUACAUCAGGACAAAGAGUUUUCGUGCUUUCAGCUCUAUAUGAUCCUUUGAGAGGGGAAUCAAUGCAGAAGCACAUGCAGGAAGCUGAAUUGCAGUCCUUGUAUUUAAUGAUGGGUCAGGGUCUGAAACCAGUGACCUCUGCAAGGGCUGGUAAUAUUGUGGCAAUUCGUGGACUUGGCCAGCAUAUAUUAAAGAGUGCAACUCUUUCGUCUACAAGAAACUGUUGGCCUUUCUCCAGUAUGGCAUUUCAGGUUUCCCCUACCCUAAGGGUUGCAAUUGAACCCUCUGAUCCUGCAGAUAUGGGUGCUCUUAUGAAAGGUCUGAGGCUUCUCAACCGAGCUGAUCCAUUUGUUGAGGUCACUGUUUCAUCUAGAGGGGAACAUGUGUUAGCCGCUGCUGGUGAGGUUCAUCUAGAAAGAUGCGUCAAGGAUUUGAAGGAGAGAUUCGCAAAGGUGAGCCUGGAAGUCUCUCCACCUCUUGUCUUCUAUAAAGAGACCAUUGAGGGUGAUUUGUCUAAUGCAUUGGAGGAUUUGAAACUGUUUACUGCUGACUCAGAUUAUGUUGAAAAAGUGACUUCAAAUGGAAGAUGUACCAUUCGUGUUAAAGUCUUGAAACUUCCACCUACACUAACCAAGGUGCUUGAUGAAAGUGCUGAUUUGCUCUCAGAUAUUAUUGGAGGUAAACUGGGGCAGAGUGGUAAAAGCUUAGAAAUGCAUCCGCUAAGUCUGAGUGAAAAUGAGAGUCCAAUUGAAGUACUCAGAAAACGCAUGGUUGAUGCUCUGGAGAGUGAUUUUUUGUGUGGAAAUGAAAAUGACAAGGAUCAGGCUGAAAAAUGCAAAGGUAAAUGGCUCAAGCUUCUUAGGAGGAUCUGGGCUCUUGGUCCAAGGCAAGUUGGUCCUAACAUCCUUUUCACUCCAGAUUACAAAACAGAGAAUAAUGAUGGCACUAGUCUGAUACAUGGCUCUCCUUAUGUGUCUCUGAGACUGGGUUUGGCUGAUAAUUCUACUGCUAGUGAUAUUGCUGCUAUUGCAUCUUCGGAACUGACUCAACCGCUGUAUGGAGAACCAGAAAGUCUGGAGAGUAGUCUGAUGUCUGGAUUUCAACUGGCUACUGCAGCUGGGCCCUUAUGUGAUGAGCCAAUGUGGGGAUUAGCAUUUGUCGUUGAAGCUUAUAUCUCUCCCUCAACUGUUCGGGCUGGUGAGUCAGAACCUAACCAACAAUCUGAGCAGUAUGGCCUUCUUACUGGGCAGAUAAUGACAGCUGUCAAGGAUGCCUGUAGAGGAGCUGUGCUUCAGAGGAAGCCUAGGCUUGUCGAAGCCAUGUACUUUUGUGAGUUGAAUACUCCAACAGAAUAUUUGGGCCCUAUGUAUGCAGUUCUUGCACGGAGGCGAGCCCGAGUUUUGAAGGAAGAAAUGCAAGAAGGCUCUCCACUUUUUACAGUGCAUGCCUAUGUGCCAGUUUCUGAAAGUUUUGGUUUUGCUGAUGAGCUAAGGAGAUGGACAUCUGGGGCUUCUAGUGCCCUUCUUGUGCUUAGUCACUGGGAAGCACUUCCUGAGGAUCCAUUUUUUGUACCGAAAACAGAAGAGGAGAUAGAAGAAUUUGGUGAUGGUUCUAGUGUUCUUCCAAAUACAGCAAGAAAGCUCAUUAAUGCUGUGAGGCGGCGAAAGGGUUUGCCUGUAGAAGAAAAAGUAGUUCAGCAUGCAACAAAGCAGAGGACGCUAGCUCGUAAAGUGUAAAGUUGAUCAAUCAAGCCAGGUUAUUAUCUACAAAUAUGGUUCAUGGAGGCAGGCAGGCAGCUGCCCUGGAGCUAAAGCAAGUUUCUUGGCUUACUUCCAGUCCAGAAAUCUUGGUUUUAUUGAUUUUAUCUUGUGAUAUGAAAGAACACUAGAUUUGUCAUUGCUUUAUUCCUGUAAUGGAUUCCCCAUCUGAAUUUCACAUUUGCAGUACAGUUAAUACAUUCCACCAUUAGUCCAUUUGUUUUCGGAGAAUAA